GCACAUUAACACAGAUGUCUUUAUAAGAAGAGUCGACCCCUACAAACACUCUGCAUUGCUCUGUCACCCCAGAUACACAGCAUUCUCCACCAGACUGACCAGACAAGGCUGCAAUCCAGAUAAAUCAAGCUUCGGCAAUGGCAGGAUCAAAGGUGCACCACGUUUUGGCUUUGGCUUUUAUCCUCUUAUCCGUCCUUGGCUCAGAGGCCGAAUCAAGUGUUAGCCUUCCAGUUGUCAAUGCUUCCACCACCGGUAUAUCAGCCACAGUUAAAGUUACUGCGGUUUCUUCCAGCAUGAAAACUUCUACACCUAUCACAUCCUCAGCGAGCCCCCCAUCCUCAACAGUCUCCACCACCUGCUCGUCCUCCCCACCCUCCUCGUCCUCCCCAUGGCAAUUAUUUGAACCCAAGAUCAGCUUUCUGGUAAUAGCUGGGCUGGUUCUGCUGUGCACCAUCCUGUUCAUUACGACCUGCAUCCUGGCAAACUUAGUGUGCUCCCUGAGACGCAGCGACCGCAUGACGCCGCGGCCGACCAAAAGCAACGCGGACUUGCCGAGCGGCUCCAAUUUCCAGGCCUCCGGAGGGGCCAAUCCCAACGGCAAGGAGAUGGUGGUGUCAGAGACGAGCGUCAUGAUGGAGGAGGUGAAAACCGAGACAGCCCCGGAAAACAGGGAGCAGGAGAAGCAAGCGGAAAAGGCCACAGAUGCCGCAAGCGCAGGAGCGAAGGAAGACGAGUCCCAGGAAGGAGCAGCUACUGCAGGGACCCCUCCAGAGGAACACAUGGGAAGCGAGGAGAAGGAGGAACACGAUCUCCCUGCACCAGACAAUUCAACAGCAGACUUUAUCCUGCUGGUCUAAUACAGUGGGUUCUUGAACCUGGUCCUUUUGAGAGCUGCAGAUUUUAAAAGCCGCGUGCUUUCCACUGCACAUAAAACAACACCCACGACCUCGAAGAGAAACAACAUCCCUGGUCUGUUACUGGCCCCAAGGACCCAGAUUAGUCAUUCGAAUAGCACCACUUUAAAAAAAAUGAAUGGCCUGCAGUAUGAAUGAACUGUUCACUAGGAACAGAUCUACGAAACCAGACGGCUGACCCAGUUUAUUAGCAGCCCCCUGCUGUAAACGAACCUGCUUCGAUUGGUUUCAUCCCUUCUUACUCAAACUCCUCUUGCGAUUGUAGUUUACUUUAAUGCUGUUUUUAAAGCCAGUGUGUUUUGUGAAGAAUGAAGGACAUUAGUAAGAAAUUAAUUCCUAUGCAGAAAAGCCAACUUUAUUUUUUAUUUUUUUUUGGUCAUAAUUAGUAACGCUUUUUAAAUGUAUAUGAUGUAAACAGACCGCCAACAACUUGAACUUAUGCAGACAGGCAUGUCACCGACCACGAUUUACUUUGGAUUCAAUGCUUAUUACCUUUUCUUGGAAUAAAUGUAUGUACUUGAUUUUUUAAUUACAAAUAAACAAACUGAUCAUUAAGUAACCCAUUGAAAGUGUUCAGUCAUUUUAUAACAAUAUG